AUGAAGGAAGGUGACGAUGUGCUUGCACACAAAAACAAGCCAAGGACACCGGCGAAACAGCUCGACGCGGUCGGAGCUCCGGUCAGUGAAAAUGACUUGAUGAUUACGCUUCUCGGAAGUCUGAGCGAGAUGUUCCCGUUCCUCAUCACGGCGUUGGAAUCACGUUCCGACGCAUUGACAUGGGAGCUAGUGACCGCUCGGCUCCUUCGUGAAGACAUGAAGCGCAAGGAACAUUGUGGCGAUGGGGUCGCUGCAGGUAAGGCGUUCAUGGCAAGCGACAAGAAGCGCACUGGGCGGACAGGCAAUAAGAUCAGUACGUGCAACUACUGCAGCAAGAUGGGUCAUUGGGUCACGGAGUGUUCAUCGCGGGUCCAUGACAAUGCGGGCUGGCAGCGUCCGUAG